CAACGUUUUCGUGAUGAGAUACUCAAAAUUGAACUCCACACUCUCGUGAGUCCUUCGUGAAACACCUCUUUGGCUAUGGCGGCUAAUCUUCUUCCCGCAUCAAGGUCUUCUACAACGACGUCGUCUCAGGAGAAACGACACCGUUCCAUCUUCGAGGUUCAACCGAACUUCUUCGACUCUUGCCUCCUUCUCCCUUCUCCUCACGCACCCAUUUCCGAGCACCACCACCGCCACAGAAGGCUCAAAACCCUCGAACCAUCAUCGGACGACGUCGUUUUGGACGAUGCCCCUCAAAACGCCGCCGUUUCGGUGCCUAGGUGGACCUGCAAUACCUGCAAGGCGCAAUUCGAUUCCCUUCAAGACCAGCGUUCCCACUUCAAAUCCGACAUUCAUCGAUUCAAUGUGAAGCUGACAAUUGCUGGGAAGAGUAUUGUGAAGGAAGAAGAUUUUGAGGUGCUGACAUCUGAAUUUGUUAAAGACUAUGAUGUGUCUAGUAUAUCUGGAUCAGAGAGUGAUGAUGAUGACAGUGAAAAUGAGUCUCAUAGUCAAAAUCAAGUGCUUGAUAAAUAUGGUCAAAGCUUUAAACAGAAGCUGUUCAUCCGUCUUCAGUCAGGGCAGAGAGUUUCGGUCUGGAAGGGCUUGAUUAUGAAUGUGACUGAUAGUGUGUUGUAUGGGAGUGAAGAAGUGGAGAAAGACGUGUUUGAGAAGCUGAAAUCUCUGACUAUUGAGCCCAGGGAUAAUACUCGUUUGAGAAUCGUUCUGCUUGCGUCGGGCGGGCACUUUGCCGGGUGUGUCUUUGAUGGUGAUGUGGUUGUGGCUCACAAGACUUUUCACAGAUAUGUUGUAAGGGCCAAGGCAGGGAAAAAGCAAUCAUCUAAAGAUGCUUCUGGCAGGCUUGCACAUUCUGCUGGGGCUUCACUUCGUCGUUAUAAUGAACUUGCUCUAAAGAAGGAAGUUCAUGAACUGCUUGCUGCUUGGAGACCUUAUUUUGACGCUUCUAGUUGCAUUUUAAUACACGCACCUUCAAGUAGUCGUCAACUGUUUUAUGAUGGAGAAAGAUCUUAUUUUACCAAUCCGCAAUGUCCUAUUAGAAAUAUUGCUUUGAAUGUUAGGAGGCCAACUUUAAAGGAAGCAAAACGUGUAUAUAGCCACUUGAUGCAAGUAUCCUAUGAAGCAGAUGAGAAUGAGAUUUUACAAAGCAACCAAGAUGACUUGGUACCAAUUCACAUAGCUGAAACAAAUAGCAGCCAAUCCUCCAGCAAAGGGGACAUGGCUGUGUUGGAUGACAAAGAUAAAGCUGAAGCUUGUUCAAGUAAACCAAAUGAUGAACUACGUUUUUCAAGUAAUGAAGAAAGUGAGAAUGAGCUUCCUGGUAAAUCAACUCCGUUACAUGAAGCUGCAAAAUCCACCGACACUCAAAAGGUUAUGGAACUCCUGGAACAGGGCUUGGAUCCUUGCAUCAAAGAUGAGAGGGGACGAACCCCGUAUAUGUUGGCACAAGACAAGGAAGUCAGGAAUACUUUCAGAAGGUUUAUGGCGUCAAAUCUUGACAAAUGGGAUUGGCAUGCUGCAAAAGUGCCUAGUGCAUUGACCAAAGAAAUGGAAGAAUCGCAAGCUGCUAAGCAGGCAGAAAAAGAUGCUAAGAGAAAAGCUAGAGCAAAAGAAUUAAAGAAAUUGCGUAAAGCAAAAGAAAAGAAAGCUCAGGCUGAAGCUGCCUUGCAUAAGAAUGAUUCCAAAAGUGUAGACCAUCAAUUGACUGGUCCAUCAUCAAUUAAGGGACAAUCUCAACUGCAAAGUGGGGUGAAAUUAUCGAAAGAGGAAGAAAUAAGAAGAGCGCAGGCUGAAGAAAGAGAAAAAAGAGCAGCUGCUGCAGAAAGAAGAAUGGCUGCCCUCAAAAUUCAAGGUAAUAGCGCAACCACUGCACCUACUAUUUCAGAGCCUAAAAGUGGAUUAGCCGGUGACAUUUACUGUUCCUGUUGUAAUUCAUCGCUUGCCGGUAAAGUUCCAUUCCACCGGUAUAACUACAAAUACUGUAGCACAUCAUGCAUGCAUGUACACAGGGAGAUCCUAGAAGAUGGAUGACAAUGUCUCAUAUAUUUUAUUUACUAAAUUGUUUUUGGUGCAAGUCAAGAUUGCAGUGGAUAUAUUUUCUUGGUAAAGUAAUCUAGGUUGGGUAAAGGUAGAGAGAAAAGGGAGAGAAAUAGCCAUGUUGGAAGGGCUCAGUGGUGAAUAACAUGAGAUUUUUGAAGGAAAAAGUGUGUUUUUCCAUUCCAACAUUGAUGCAGCUAGAAAUUAUAAUGAUAUAUGCUGCCUUCACUUUGUGCUUUGCCAAACAUGAAAAUAUAGCCAAUGACACUAGCGCGCACGACAUUGAUCUUGGAUCAUUUUCUUGUAUUUUUCCCAGCAUGGGAAUUUGAGUUAAAGUAUACUCCCUUUUUGCUCUCA